AUGUCAUUUGAGCUGAAUCCAAUUUUUAAGAGACCAUCAGUGUCAAGGGAAUUAACUAAAAGGUUUUUCUUUAGUGCCAACAAUGGUACCAGAAUAAUUUUGUUUCAAGAUAGUACUAUAAGAUGGAGUUUCUCCUCUGAUAAUGAUCAUUAUCAGUCUAUGGCAUUACGUGAUUCUGAUAUGGACGUCACCGGUGCAAUUAUUAGUGAUCCUGGGGAUUAUUUAUGUCUUUAUAAUUCUCAUCAAAUUAGGGUUAUUGAAAUUCCAUGGGGGUUAACAAAUGUUGAUGAAAUAUCAAAUUCAAUGGCAAGCUCUUUGCAAGAACGUGUAUAUAAUUUCAAUGAAGAUAAAUUGAGUGUUAAGCAGGUUUUGUUCCAUCCAUUGUCUAAGUCAUCUCCUUUCUUAGUGGUAUUAUUCUCUGGUAGUCAAAUUGCGUUCGUUGAUUUAAAGAAUGUAUUCAAAUCUUCCGACAUACCAAUUGAUUGCUUUUUGAAUUUAACUGAUUCUAAUGUUAUGGGUAUUGAUAAUCGUGUCGAGAAUAUCCAGUAUGUGGUCUUCGCUGAUGAUUGUUUGUCCCUAUACAGUUUAACAGAUACAGAUGUGUAUUGCUUUUAUCCUUGUCUGCCUCCUGUGGCUUCUCUAAGCAAGAAUAGAGUUGAUGAAUUGAUUAACAAAUCAAUCGUAUUAUAUGAAAAUUUAGGAAUUGAUGCAGAUGACAUUGUGAGAAAAAACGUUAUCAAACAAUUGCAAUUAGCAUCUAGUUUACGUAAGAAAAUAGAAGAAUUUGAAAAUGCUAAUGGUGAGGUUGAAGUUAAUGUAGAGAUCGAUUUGGAGUUUAGACAGACAAAAGCACAAGGUUACUUUUCCAUAUCACCAUACCCUGAAAGUUUGUAUACAUGCACAGGUAAACAAAUUUCUGUUUUACCAAUUGGCGAAGGCAACGAACUUUUCUUAGUUUCAUUCGACAAUGGUACAGUUUUAGUUGUUUUUAAAGAUAAAGAAUCUACGAUGUCAUGGGAUGUAAAUGACUACUCCUUCAAUAAUUCUUUUACUCUAGUUGAAAUUAUCAAAUUUAAACCAGAAGAAUUAUCAAAUAUGGUUGUUUUGCAAGGGGAGCUUGGUAAGUUUGUAGUUAGCGGUGAAAAAUCAACGAUACUAGUAGAUACUACCAAGUGGUCCUCAGUAAUUUCCAAAUGUAUAAGAGAUAACGAUUUAAGACCAUUAGUAGGUUUGGAAAUGAAGAGUACAAUAACGCAUAUUAAUUCAGAUAUGCAAAUAAAUUCAUGUGGUAUAUGGAACUCCGGUGAGGCUAAAUCUCUCCUCUUAGUUGAUACGAAUGUUGUGGUUGGCUAUCAAUUGUUUAAGAAAGAAGUUGAAUUCAAACCUGAAAGUGCUGAAGAAAUUUCCACUGAACUGGAAAACUUUACAUUGGAUAAAUUUACUGUUCCAGAAAAUGAAUUAAAGGCAGCCAAUUAUAAAUUUCAGGAAGCUGUGAGUGUACCAUAUAGUAAAGUUAUUCCAGCUAAUAUAAAACAGGUGCCAUUUGGAAGCAACGCUAUGGAAGAGCAGUUAAAGAUUUUAAAUGAUAUCUCUAGAGAUGUUGGAUCAAAAAUCGUUCAGGGGCAAAGUUUAGGGUUAAUGCUAUAUGAUAGACUACUUGAACAACAAGAUAAAUUAUCUGAACAACUGAUAAUUACUAAUAAAAUUCUAAUUCGUGCCAAAAAAGUCCAAGGUGAUUAUCCAGCUCAACUUUCUAAAUUAGAUGAAAAGUUAAAGAAACAGGAACACUUGGAAAAAAUAUUAUUAAAAAUGGAAAGCAAUCUAAAUACAAUACAAGAAUCCCAAAAACUAAAAUCAUUGCCACUAAGUGAGAAGGAAAUUCAACUAUUUAAGGAAUUGAGAAGUCAAAUAUUACUAUUUAAUAAUUUUGUUCAUAAGCAAAAAGAUCAAAAGCAAAAUAUCCAGUUCUUAAAGAAAGAAUUACAAAAAAUUAUAGAUAUAUCAAGAUCUGAAUCAUCAAAAGGUAUGCUCAAUGAAUGGGAAGAACUACGACAAAUACUAGCUGAUGAUGCAAAAAUCAUAAAAGAAUGCAAUGAACAAUUAACACAAAUUUCAAAAGAAUUAGAUACAAAAAACACUGUCACUAACAGCUAA